AUGGCAUAUUCUAGUUCCAACACACCAGUAUCAAUUAUCAGCCCUCAUUUCUGUGCUCCUGAAUCCAUUAAUCUUGCAAUUGUCCUGAAGGUUUUGACCACAACUGAUGCCAACUUUGUAGUUACAGACAUCAAUGGCAAUAUUGUUUUCAAAGUUGAAAGAGCUUUUAUAACCAUCCAUGACCAACGAGUUUUGCGAGACGCUGCCGAGAAUCCCAUUGUCACACUCAAAUGGAAGCUAUUGAGGGAAGAUAGCACAGACUCCAGUGAUCUUAUAUUUUCAGCGAAAACAUCUUUGAUUUUUCAGUUAAAGACUAAAUUUAAUGUGUUCCUGGCAGACAACACAAAGGAGGAUGUUUGUGAUUUUAAGAUUAAAGGGAGUUGGUUGAAAUGUUCCAGUCUUAUUUAUGAUGGAGAGUCUUCCAUCAUAGUUGCAGAAAUGCGCAAGAACGGCAGUAUUCAAAGCGUCUUGAUAGUUCAUGGUGACAGUUAUCCCAACAUCGAGUAUGCAUUCAUCGUAGCCCUUAUCGUGAUUCUUGAUGGGAUAAAUAAUUUGGACGAUUGA